CACGAGGGAAACUAAUUUUGCUGAUUAAUCAUUAAUGUAGUGAAUUUCAAUAAGUUCCAAAUCAAUCAUAAGUCAAUUAUAAUUCUCUAUAAUGUCAUUAAACGAUUUACCUGAUAAUUGUCUUUUGAAGAUCUUGAGAAAUGUCCAUGAGGCCAAAGAUUUGAUUCGAUUGUCCAAAGUUUGCUCGAGAUGGUCCGAUUUAAUUACGCCGAGAUUUAAGCGAGUUAAAUAUCUUCGGUUUGUGGCUGGUAAAGUUGAUUAUAUUGAUGGGGACAGUUUAAGGAUUAAUCAUGAUACAGAUUGGAAGGAUUACAAUUUAAUCGAAUUUUUUCCAAAUCUCAAGAUCAUAGAGGUUUCGUCCUAUUAUUGUAUUUAUAUUCGACCUGAUAUUUUCAUCCAAAUUAUCAGCAAUCCAAAUGUAAAAGGAUUGAUUGGACUCUUUAGCUUUAUAAGAGACUAUAAUUAUAACUUGGAGAAUAUCGAAAUGUGCGUUGGAAAGUUUGAUUUUGAUUAUAAAAGAGUUUUUCGCCCUAAUCAGUUGAAACAAAUUCGCUGUUUCGAUUUUAAUAUGAAGUAUCUUCCUUCAUUCAUUGGAUAUUUUCCGAAUUUGAAGCGACUUAACAUAGAAUUUGAUAAAGCGGAUCAAGCUUUUUACAACUUUUGUAACGUUCUUUACAAUGGACCGAGUUUGUCUUCGUUAAAGAUCCUUGAACUUGGUUCAAAUGGUUUUGUUGGAAAAUUCACCGGAUUUCAUUUCAUGGAUUUUUGUCCAUCUUUGGAAAGUGCUUUCAUCAGUUGUUGGGCAUAUGAUAUUCAUGUAGAUGAAUCGAUAAAAAAUUACAAUCUAAGAGAUUUGGUUAUCGAUAACGUUGAGUCUGGUAGUUUUUCGUGGCCAAUACUUAAAAGAGUGCUGUCUAAAUUCCCUAAUUUACAUCAUUUAGCGAUGAGAAAUAUUGAUCAGCUUGAUGAUAGUAAUUUAGAAGAAUUGAUAAAGUUAUUACGAAAGUUGAAGAUAUUGGACUUGAGAGGAUUUAAGAAAGAGACGCAAAAAUCAGCUGAUCUUCUGUUCAAAUAUUGUGUCAAAGAGAAUCGAUCAAUCGCAAUAUAUUACGAUUGUGAAAACGAACCCGUCGAAUGGCCUAAAUUGGUUUAUUAUUAUUGUGGACCAAUUUGCUAUGGAUUUGAUUUCAUGAAACAUUGUUUCUACAAAAAAUUCAGUUGUCUUCCAGAUCUCAUUGAUGAAUGAAAAUCGAAACAAACUUUGAUGUAGCAAACCUUCAUCUCACUCGUAGUUACAAAUACCAUUGUUGAUCAAAAUCACCAGACACCAAAACAGGUCAGUUUAAGCUGAUUACCCGUCCGCUUCAACAAACGAAUGACCGAACCAGAAAGCCAUCCAAAUUUCAAUCACUAGCAAUAAGCAGCAUCCAUUUCAUAAACGAUAAACAUGUCAACAUUUCUUUCUAUUAAUUUUAAUCAACACGAGCGACAUUAAAGUUAUGCCUGCUUGUCAACGGAAUCACAAUAAACUAUCAGCUGGUUUAAGAGGGAACCGAUUUCAAUUUUCAA